AUGCUCGAGAAGAAAAUCCAGAACUUCCACGAACAGCUGAUGUGCGAGUACGACAAGCUCGCAUCCGCCCAAAGCUCACACCUCGAAGCUCGAAAACAACUUCACAAGCUACGCGAAGAUCAUCGAGAACUAGUACGCGGCAGAGGCGACAUGACCAUGGUGAUGGAAAGAAGCCUCGUGGAGACGCUCAGAAGAGAGAUCCAGAAUGUGAGCCACGAUACUGCACUUUGCAUGGAAGAAGUGGAAGAUAUCAACAGAGAGACAGCGACGCUAAAGAACACACUUCAAAAUUGUGAGGGUGUGAAGAAUCCAGUCGUUGAGCAGUUUACUCCACGGAAUAAGGCCAGAAGACAAGAUCUGAGGGCAAAGUUCGCUGAUGAGUCGGAGCUUGUGAGGGUUGCAUCGUCGUCUAGAUUAUCUGAUAGAACUUGGCGAGUAGGUUGA